UCUUUUGUUAAACACUAGUUCGGCUGAUAGACGUCAACAAUGUGUUCACGGGAAAUAAAAUGAACGUGAAUUUUCGACAACUGUUUUUUUAAAACAAAAUGUUAGACUAUAUGAGAGAUGAGAACCGUUUUUGAUAUCCGCAAAACUAUUUAUUAUACAUAGUAUUUAUGAUAGAAAAUAAUAUAAAGAAAAAACUAGUCGUUCUUAAGUUUUGGACUUAUCUAAGUUUGACUGUUUUCCAACCAAGACUAUGCACGGAUGACUAUUAAACAGGAAGUGAGCCGUUAAUUCUGUGUGUGCCAGUGCUGUUUUUUUUAUUCAAAUUUCGAAAUGUGUAACGUAAAUCAGUAUGUCAGUUGGAAACAAUGGUGGAUCAUUUUGGCUAUGAUAUCGACCACGAUAUCAGGGUAUCGACAGCAACCGUCAAACAUUGUGUUCAUCAUGGUGGACGAUAUGGGGUGGAACGACGUAUCAUUCCACGGAUCAGAUCAGAUUCUGACCCCAAACAUUGAUAGUUUGGCCUAUCAGAGCGCUAUACUGCACCACUACUACAGCGAAGCGAUUUGCACACCCGCACGAACUGCACUACUCACGGGGAAAUACCCCAUGCGAUUGGGGAUGCACGGUCUUCCCCUGUUCAACUCAGAAGAUCGAGGAAUACCAUUGACGGAGCGCCUUCUGCCUUCGUACUUGAAGGAACUGGGAUACGCGACACACUUGGUGGGCAAGUGGCAUGUGGGCAUGUCCAGGCCAGAGUACCUGCCCACUUCGAGAGGUUACGACCAUCACUACGGCAUGAGAGGAGGUUAUAUCGACUAUUACACGUACAACAAAGUUGAAACAUGGCCAAAUGGACGACUAAUGUUCGGUCUCGAUCUUUACGAUGAUGAAAUACCUCAGGAGACCGAACACCGGUACAUUGUAGACGCACUCACCGACAAAGCAGUCAAAAUAAUCCAGUACCACAAUACAUCUCAGCCGUUGUUCCUGCAUGUGACACACAACGCCCCGCACGCUGCUAAUGCUGGCGCUGCACUACAGCCACCUCUCUACUCUCCCGUGAAGAAUGACUACAUCGCAAACUCCAAUAGGCGCCUUUAUUCUGAGGUGGUUAAGCAAAUAGACCGAAGUGUUGGCAAAAUUGUUGAAGCACUAGGAGACAAGGGGAUCCUUGAGGACACCAUCAUUGUAUUUGUAUCUGAUAAUGGAGCCCCCACUGUUGGAGAAUUGAGAAAUUGGGGAGUAAACUUACCACUGAGAGGAAAGAAGAACACGCCUUGGGAAGGUGCAGUGAGAGUCCCUGCGUUUAUUUGGCAGGCUUCACUCAGGCCAAAGGUCUGGCAAGGACUGAUGCAUAUUUCAGAUUGGCUCCCCACAUUAGUAACAGCGGCUGGAGGCAGAGCCCCAACUGGUAUAGACGGAGUCAAUCAAUGGGAUUCCAUUAUGUUUGAUGGAGUAUCCAAACGCAAGGAAGUCCUAAUAACUAUUGAAGAUAGCAAUACUAAUGCUUGGGCCUCUUAUAGAGCUGGCGACUACAAAAUUAUAGUAGGUAAUGUUACCGGUGUUAGCAAUGGAUAUUACGGAGCAGAAUUGAUGGCGAACAAAAUGCCUCCUCCAGAAUAUUUUCCUGCAUUGGGAAAUAGUGUCGUAACUAGAGUUUUUGGAGAUAUUGGAAGGUAUUUAGACUUUGACGUCGUAAGGGCUAUGAGGAAGGCAGCUACGAUUAGAGCUGAUGAAACUAAGAGGGAUGCCACUCCUUGUGUGCCCACACCCACUCGUGGCUGUUUGUACAAUGUAAGACAAGACCCGACUGAGAGCCGAGACUUAUGGACUCGAGCUAACAAGAUAGCCACAUUGUUGACUAGCCGGCUUCGGGCACUCUGGUCUUCACAAUUGAGGAGAGGACCACUCAGACUGCAAGAAGCUGCAGACCCUGCGAAUAACCACUAUGUGUGGCAUCCUUGGAUCUGCUGCAAUGAAACUCGCACCAAUUCAGUAACGAAUGAUAAGAAAACGAUCGAUAACUUCGAUUUUUCAUUUAAUUUUAACCAGGAAAGAAUUGUUAAUAGAAACACUACGUUAGCUUCAGUUAUCAACUGUGAUCGUACGACUGGCUUACGGAACUUCUUGUGUAUUUUGAGAAGUAUAUUUUAGUACCUUGUAAUAUCAAUCAAUCUUCGUUUUCUUUGAGAAGGUUGGUUCAAAAUGUUCUUAAAGACUUUUGUGCUAUGCUUGGAUCUUAUGUGCGUUAGUCAUGAUGUGAGAUGUUUACUGAUGUUUUGUGAAAUGGUUCCAGAUUGAUUUCAAAGAAUAUUUGUAAAUAUGUGUAGUUAGGUAUAUGUUUUUUAACAACUGUUUGAGUAUUUUUGUUAUUUGACCGUACUUACGACGGUAUUAGAGUACGUAGCAUUACGGUCCUGUAAAAUCCUUAGUUUUGUAUAAAGUUCUUAGUUUGGAAGUGUAGCAUAUUUUUAACUAUAUUAUUUUUAUCUUUUUUUUGUUAUUUAUUGUAGAUAAUAUUAUAAAUACUAUUAUAGUAACAAAGAUGGAAUGUUUAAAUAUUUGUACAACUUGAAGAACUUUCAUAGAUUUUUCUAUUUACGUUGUAAGAAGUAUCUACCUAAUUAAGAAUUGAUUUUAUUAUUAUAACCAUUCGGACACAACCAAUAACACAGGCUGGGCCCCUAAGUCAGACCAGUUUGGGGCCCGUAAAGCUUGUGCCCACAACUCUUUUGACCCGUUAGCCGAUAGAACGAUUGUCGACGAUUGACCAAUGAAAACAACCCAGUGUGAAUUCACACUAUUAUUUUCCAAAUUUUCCAUUUUCAUUCUUAAAAGGUAAGGUCUCAAAACUUUAUUUAUAUUAAAGUAUUUGUUGACGAUAUUUCUAAGUUAACUAUAUUAUUACUAAGUUCUAAUUCUAAUUGUCCAGUGAUUUAUUGUAUUAUAAUGAUAUAAGAAAUACCACUAAUAUAUCUAUUACUCUGUUCUAAUCUGUAUCUUUUAAAAUAAAGUGUGAUACUUAGUGUUAACUCUUAAAUGAAUAAAAUUUUAAUAUUUUUAAAACUAUA